AUGUCGGAGAAGUCAGGCCAGAGCACAAAAGCAAAGGAUGGGAAAAAGUAUGCAACACUCAGUUUAUUUAAUACUUACAAGGGUAAAUCAUUAGAAACUCAGAAAACCACAGCUCGACAUGGAUUACAGAGUCUUGGAAAAGUUGGCAUUUCUCGGCGUAUGCCCCCACCUGCUAAUCUCCCAAGUCUUAAAGCGGAAAACAAAGGCAAUGAUCCUAAUGUGAACAUUGUACCUAAAGAUGGCACAGGAUGGGCAUCAAAACAAGAACAGCAUGAAGAAGAAAAAACACCAGAAGUGCCACCAACACAGCCAAAACCUGGUGUUGCAGCUCCCCCAGAAGUAGCACCUGUUCCCAAAUCAUGGGCCAGUAACAAGCAAGGUGGGCAAGGAGAUGGAAUCCAAGUGAACAGUCAUUUUCAGCAAGAAUUUCCCAGUCUACAGGCAGCUGGGGAUCAGGAAAAAAAAGAAAAAGAAUCAAAUGAUGAGAACUAUGGCCCUGGACCUAGUUUACGCCCACCAAACGUUGCUUGUUGGAGAGAUGGUGGUAAGUCUGCUGGUUCACCUUCUCCAUCUGAUCAAGAUGAAAAGCUUCCUGGCCAAGAUGAGAACACAGCUGGAACCUCAGAGCAAAAUGAUAUCCUCAAAGUGGUGGAAAAGAGAAUAGCUUGUGGUCCUCCACAGACCAAACUGAAUGGACAGCAGCCUGCCCUUGCUUCACAAUAUAGAACUAUGAUGCCUUCUUAUAUGUUUCAGCAGUAUCCAAGAAUGGCAUAUCCUCCUUCUGUACAUGGUCCUAUGAGAUUCCCACCUUCUUUAUCUGAAGCAAACAAAAGCCUUCGAGGACGAGGCCCACCUCCUUCAUGGGCUUCUGAACCUGAACGUCCCUCCAUCCUUAGUGCAUCAGAACUCAAAGAACUUGAUAAAUUUGAUAACCUAGAUGCCGAAGCUGAUGAGGGUUGGGCAGGUGCUCAGAUGGAAGUGGAUUAUACAGAACAGUUGAAUUUCAGUGAUGACGAUGAACAAGGAAGUACUAGUCCUAAAGAAAAUAGCAGUGAAGAUCAAGGUUCAAAAUCCUCUGAAAACACUGAAAGCCGAAAAGAAGCAGAUGAGGUUAGCAGCACGAAAUCAUCUUCUCAGACACCUGCCCAGCCACCAGCGGCAAAAGGUCCCUAUGGGAAAGGUCCUCCAUUUAAUCAGGACCGUGGACCAUCUUCACACCUACCACCACCUCCAAAAUUGCUUGCCCAGCAGCAUCCACCACCUCCAGAUCGACAAACAUCUGGAAGGCCAGGUCCUUUUCCCCCAAAACAACAAGUGCCUGAUGAAGAUGAAAUUUGGAAGCAAAGACGAAGACAACAGUCAGAAGUUUCUGCAGCAGUGGAGCGGGCUCGUAAACGGCGUGAAGAGGAAGAGCGAAGAAUGGAAGAACAAAGGAAGGCUGCUUGUGCAGAGAAACUGAAAAGAUUAAAUGAGAAACUUGGCAUUGUGGAAAAACAACCAUCUCCAGAGGAAAUUCGGGAAAAGGAGCGUGAAAAAGAACGGGAGCGUGAGAAGGAGCUUGAAAAAGAACAAGAGCGAGAGAAAGAGAAAGAAAAGGAGAAAGAGAGAGAGAGAGAGAGGCAACAGGAAAAGGAAAAAGAACUGGAGAGGGAGCAGGAAAAACAAAGAGAAAUGGAGAAAGAAAGGAAGCAAGAAAAAGAGCAAGAACUAGAACAGCAGCGAGAAAAGGAAAAAGAACUGCAGAAGAUGAGCGAGCAGGAGAAGGAGUGUGAGCUAGAGAUGAAGGAAAGGGCCAAAGUGGAGGAAAAGGUGGAACCCAAGGAGCCUGCUUUAGAGCCUGUUGUAGAAAAACAAGAAAGUGAAAACAGCGCUCCUAAAGAGGACAAGCCAGUUUUAAGUAGACAAGACAGCAAUCGCAGUGAAAAAGAGACCACUCAAGUGACUCAUGAAACAGAACCAGAAUCAGGAUCUCAACCUAGGCCUGCUGUAUUAUCUGGAUAUUUCAAGCAGUUUCAGAAGUCUUUACCACCACGAUUUCAGCGACAACAGGAACAGAUGAAGCAGCAGCAGUGGCAGCAGCAGCAACAGCAGGGAGUUCUUCCACAAACUGUUUCUUCACAACCAUCCAGUGGUGCUGUUCCUCCUCCACCACACAGACCUCUUUACCAGCCCAUGCAACCUCACCCACAGCAUAUAGCAUCUAUGGCUUUUGAUCCAAGAUGGCUUAUGAUGCAAUCAUAUAUGGAUCCUCGCAUGAUGUCAGGAAGACCUGCUAUGGAUAUUCCACCUAUUCAUCCUGGAAUGAUUCCUCCUAAGCCAUUAAUAAGAAGAGACCAGAUGGAAGGGUCACCCAGCAGUUCUGAGUCAUUUGAGCAUAUGGCUCGACCCACAAGAGAGCAUGCUAUUUCCCUCUCUGAGCCUCGAAUGAUGUGGGGAUCAGAGCCUUAUCCUCAUGCUGAGCCUCAGCAGGCAACCACUCCCAAGAUAACAGAAGAAUCUGAGGAUGUAAGGCCUGAAGUCUCAUUGGAACAAGACCAUAUCACUCCUGCUUAUCCUGUAGAGCAUAGUCAGUUGGAGUCUCAUCCAAAAGCAGACUUUCUCAGAGAAUCAAGUGAGACUGAAGCACAGAAGUUUCUAAGUAGAUCUGUGGAAGAUGUUAGACCUCACCAUACUGACACGAACAGCCUGUCUGUCUGUUUUGAAGUAUCUGAUCAGAAGACUGGAUCUACUCAAGAAGAGCGAGUUUCAGCUGUAGAAAGUCAGCCUAUUCGGAAAAGAAGUGUUUCGCAUGGCUCUAACCAUACUCAGAAAUCAGAGGAGCAAAGAAGUGAACCAUUUGCAAGCAUUCCUAAAGUAACAAGCAGAUGCAUUGAUUCAAAAGAACCAGCAGAAAGACCAGAGGAAAAACCAAAAAAGGAUGGUUUCACACGCUCUUCAGAAGGACCAAAAUCUGAGAAGCUGUAUAAAUCUAAAUCUGAAACUCGUUGGGGCCCACGACCAAGCUCCAGCAGACGAGAUGAAGGUAAUGAUAGGCCUGUGAGAAGAUCAGGUCCCAUUAAAAAGCCUAUUCUUAGAGACAUGAAAGAAGAGCGGGAGCAAAGAAAGGAGAAAGAAGGAGAAAAGGUUACCGAAAAAGCUAUAAAAUCAGAAAAGACCGAAAAGAAGGAUCCUGUUCCUCCACCCCCUCCACCUCCAGCACCAGUCCAGCCACAGUCCGUUCCACCACCAACCCAAAUAGAAGGAGAGAAACCUCCUGCAACAGAAAAUACUGCUUUGGCUCAAAAGACAGCUCCAGAUACAAAAGCUUUGGAGCCUCUAAAUACUGUUCAGGUAGAGACUACAACUAAAACUGUAAACCAGCAAACUGUCCCAGCACCUGCAGUGAAAGAUGAGAAACAGCCUGAGAAAGUCAUCACUAAAGACCUUGUAGAAAGACCUCGAACAGAGUCAAGACCAGUAGUUAAAAAAGAGCCACCUUUACAAACCCCUCGGACUUACUGGAAAGAAGCUAGAGAUAGAGACUGGUUUCCAGAUCAAGGAUACAGAGGUCGAGGCCGAGGAGAAUAUUACUCCAGAGGACGAAGCUAUAGAGGCUCUUAUGGAGGACGUGGCCGGGGUGGUAGAGGGCAUACUCGAGACUAUCCUCAGUUUAGAGACAAUAAGCCGAGAACAGAGCAUGUGCCCUCAGGGCCUCUGAGGCAGCGAGAAGAGAGUGAAACAAGAAGUGAGAGCUCUGAUUUUGAAGUCGUUCCUAAAAGACGACGACAGCGGGGUUCAGAGACCGACACGGACAGUGAAAUUCACGAAAGUGCAAGCGACAAGGAUAGUUUAAGCAAAGGUAAACUCUCCAAAAGAGAGGAAAGAUCAGAACACAAAAAACCUAUAAAACCUCAGUCAUCUUUCAAGCCUGAAAAUCAUGUACGAUUAGAUAAUAGAGCACAUGAAAAACCAUACAUGAGGGAUGAUGAUAAAUCUAAGCCAGGUUUCCUUCCUAAAGGAGAACCAACAAGGCGAGGCCGAGGCGGAACAUUCAGACGUGGUGGAAGGGAUCCUGGAGGGCGCCCAUCACGUCCUCCCACCUUACGAAGGCCUGCUUAUCGUGACAAUCAGUGGAAUCCAAGGCAGCCAGAAACUCCUAAACUAGAAGAUGGGGAGCUGCCCAGACGACAUGAGCCAUUUAUUCCUAUGGCAGCAGAUAAACGCCCCCCAAAAUUUGAGCGGAAAUUUGACCCAACUAGAGAGAGACCCCGAAGGCAACGCCCCACCAGACCGCCACGGCAAGAUAAGCCUCCGAGGUUCAGACGGCUGAGAGAAAGAGAGGCUGCUUCUAAAACAAAUGAGGCACCAGUGGCCACAAAUAGCACAGUUAACAGUGUGGCUCAGGAACCAGUCAACACUGCUGGGGAUGUUUCUGGCAAUAAGACACCAGACUUAUCUAAUCAGAACUCAUCAGAUCAGGCCAAUGAGGAAUGGGAAACUGCUUCUGAAAGUAGUGAUUUCAAUGAAAGGCGUGAGAGGGACGAAAAAAAAAAUGCUGAUUUGAAUGUACAGACAGUUGUAAAGCCUGGAGAGAGUGCUUUACCUCCAAAGAGGGAGAUAGCAAAGAGAAGUUUUUCCAGUCAGAGACCUGGGGUAGAUCGCCAGAAUCGGCGGGGCAACAAUGGUCCACCCAAAUCAGGAAGGAAUUUCUCAGGUCCUAGGAAUGAAAGAAGGAAUGGCCCCCCAUCGAAAGGUGGAAAGAGAGGACCGUUUGAUGACCAGUCUACAGGCACAACUGGCACGGACCCCGUCAAUGGUAGCUCUGUGCAUCAACAGGAGGGAGCACCUAAUGGUCCAGGACAGAAGAACAGCAAAGAGACAACUGGGAAAAAAAGAGAAGACCCAAAACCAGGCCCAAAAAAACCCAAAGAGAAAGUAGAUGCUCUCUCACAGUUUGAUCUUAACAAUUAUGCAAGUGUUGUUAUUAUUGAUGACCAUCCUGAAGUAACAGUUGUUGAAGAUCCCCAGUCAAAUCUGAAUGAUGAUGGUUUUACUGAAGUGGUAUCCAAAAAACAACAGAAACGUUUACAGGAUGAAGAACGUAGAAAGAAAGAAGAACAAAUCAUACAGGUUUGGAACAAAAAGAAUGCAAAUGAAAAGGGAAGAAGUCAGACAUCUAAACUUCCUCCAAGAUUUGCUAAAAAACAGAGUACAGGAACGCAGCAAGUACAGUCUCCAGCCUCAGCUCCAGCUGUAGCUUCAGUUACAGUUGCAGCUUCAACCACAGCUCCAGCCUCCACCUCGGCAUCUGUUUCAGUCUCAGGCACAACUCCAGUUCUAGUAUCAGCCUUACCUCCAGUUCCAGCAUCAACUUCAGCUCCGGUUUUAGCGUCAUCCUCUGCCUCAGUUCCAUCCUCAGCCUCAACUCCAGCCUCUACCUCAGCCAUACCCUCUUCCUCAACUCCAGUUCCAACCCCAACCCCACCCUCCAUCCCUGUUCCAGCGCCAACACCCAUCCUUGCUUCAGUCUCAGCUCCAGCCUCAGUUCCCAUCCUUGCCACAGGGCCAUCCCCCAUUCCCAUCCUUGCUUCAGCCCUAGCACCUGCUUCAGCUCCCGCUCCAACCCCAACAGUUUCCAUCCCAACUUCCUCAACAGUCUCUGCUCCACCUGUCCCAGCUUCAGCUCCAUCUGGCUCCAUGCCACUUGCCCCAGCCUCAACUCCUGCUCCAGUGCCAGCUGUCUCAGCUCAGACUCAAGCACAGGCCCACAAAGCAGUCCAGAAUUCACUCCAAGCUACCACACAGCCUCCAAAACAGCCACCCCCUUCAAUUAGGCUUCCUUCAGCUCAGACACCUAAUGGCACAGAGUAUGUAAGUACAGGGAAAUCCGUCCAAAACUCCCAAUCCCACAGUACUCUUACAGCUGAAUUGUGGGAGAACAAGGUCGCCCCAUCUACUGUGCUGAAUGACAUCUCAAAGAAAUUAGGUCCCAUUAGUCCACCACAGCCACCUUCAGUCAGUGCAUGGAAUAAGCCUUUAACGUCAUUUGGAUCAGCUACUUCAUCAGAGGUCACAAAGAAUGGCCAGGAAAGUGGAGUUGAAAUAGGAAUUGAUACUAUUCAAUUCGGUGCUCCAGCUUCAAAUGGUAAUGAAAACGAAGUUGUUCCGGUACUUUCGGAUAAACCUACUGACAAAAUACCUGAACCUAAAGAACAGCGGCAGAAGCAACCACGGGCAGGGCCUAUCAAAGCCCAGAAGCUUCCAGAUCUGAGUCCAGUAGAAAACAAAGAACAUAAACCUGGUCCCAUUGGAAAAGAACGUUCAUUAAAAAAUAGAAAAGUAAAAGAUGUCCAGCAGGUGGAGCCAGAAGGACAAGAGAAGUCAGCAUCUACUGCAGGCAGAAGUACAGAUUCUGUCACGACGAAGGAAACCAAAGCUGUUUCGGAAAUGUCUGCUGAAAUAGGAACCAUGAUUUCUGUAUCAUCGGCAGAAUUUGGCACUAAUGCAAAGGAGUCAGUAACAGACUAUACAACACCUUCUUCUUCUCUGCCUAACACUGUGGCUACAAAUAACACAAAGGUGGAGGAUACAUUGGUUAAUAAUGUGCCCUUGCCUAAUACCCUUCCCCUCCCUAAGAGGGAGACUAUACAACAGAGCUCCUCCAGCCUAACUUCAGUUCCUCCCACUACUUUCAGCCUCACCUUCAAGAUGGAAUCUGCACGCAAAGCAUGGGAGAAUUCUCCAAAUGUAAGAGAAAAGGGAUCUCCAGUAACUUCUACAGCACCUCCAAUUGCCAGUGGGGUCAACAGCAGUGCCAGUGGGCCAAACACUGCUAAUUACAAUUCAUUCUCUAGUGCGUCAAUGCCUCAGAUUCCUGUAGCCUCAGUCACUCCUACAACAUCAUUAUCAGGAGCUGGUACAUACACUACCUCUUCCCUGAGUACAAAAUCAACAACCACAUCUGACCCUCCUAACAUUUGCAAAGUGAAACCCCAACGACAGCAUCAAGCUCAACUGAGUUUAGGAGCUGGGCCUGCUGUCUCCCAAGCUCAGGAAUUAUUCAGUUCUUCACUUCAACCAUAUAGGUCUCAACCAGCCUUUAUGCAAAGCAGUCUGACCCAACCAUCGAUGGUUCUUUCUGGCACUGCCAUUCACAACUUCCCCGCUGUCCAACACCGACAGCUCAGGAGAGGAAGACCUUCUAUGAGGUGGAUUCAUUCAGUGAAUCUUAUUGUGCUUUUCUUAAAAAAUUCUUCCUAGGCUAGAGCAAAUCUUACACCAGCUUCAAAUCUGUAUUCUGGACAAGUACAGCAACCUGGACAGACAAACUUUUAUAACACUGCCCAGUCACCAAGUGCUCUCCAGCAGGUUACAGUACCUUUGCCAGCCUCCCAGCUUUCCUUACCUAAUUUUGGAUCUACUGGGCAACCUCUAAUUGCCUUGCCUCAGACUCUUCAGCCCCCAUUACAGCAUACCACCCCACAGGCUCAGGCCCAGAGCCUGACUCGUCCUGCACAAGUAAGCCAGCCUUUCAGAGGAUUAAUCCCUGCUGGAACACAACAUAGCAUGAUUGCACAGAAGCAAUUCCAGUCAGCCCCUGCCACUGUGAGAAUGACACAACCAUUUCCUACACAGUUUGCACCCCAGAUUCUCUCUCAGCCUAACCUGGUCCCUCCAUUGGUAAGAGCCCCACAUACUAACACCUUCCCAGCGCCUGUUCAGAGGCCACCAAUGGCACUGGCCAGUCAGAUGCCUCCUCCGCUGACCACAGGCCUCAUGAGCCAUGCUCGUUUGCCACAUGUAGCCAGGGGUCCUUGUGGAUCACUAUCUGGAGUCAGAGGUAAUCAGGCCCAGGCUGCGUUGAAGGCUGAACAAGACAUGAAGGCAAAGCAGAGAGCAGAGGUUCUUCAGUCCACGCAGCGGUUCUUCUCUGAACAACAACAGAGCAAACAAAUAGGUGGCAAAGCACAGAAAGUGGACAGUGAUUCAAGUAAACCUGAAACACUGACUGACCCACCUGGUGUCUGUCAGGAAAAGGUUGAAGAAAAACCACCCCCUGCACCUGCCAUGGCCACCAAA